CGAACUCAGAAGUACUGCCAACAGUAAAAAAAAAAAAAAAAAAAAAAAAAAAGGAAGGGCAACCUGAAACUAACAAAGCACAACCUAUAUUGAGAGAGAAAGAAUCUGACAAGCUACUUCUUAUCCAACUCAGGUGCUCGCUUUCGGUGUAUCAAGAAAUGAUUUUGCUUUCUUGUAGUAGUAAUCACUGCUCUCUGAGCUCCAAUGUUAUGGCUUCCGCCGCUGCACCUUCAACGAUUUUGAAGAGUUCGUCCAUCUUUCCGCAUCUGGGAUGGGGAAGAAGAAGAAGAAGCUGCAAUUUGCCUAGUAUUAAUCGCGGUGUAUCGAAAUCCACCGUUGCUUAUUACGGCCUGAGAAGCCCACCGUACAAACUUGAUGCACUAGAACCGUACAUGAGCCAGAAAACACUCGAAGUGCAUUGGGGUGCUCACCAUCGUAAUUACGUAGAAGCCCUUAACAAACAGCUCGAGAAAAAUGAUAUACUCUACGGAUGUACGCUCGAUGAGCUGAUCAGACUGACGUAUAACAAUGGCAACCCGUUACCUGAAUUCAAUAAUGCAGCUCAGGUCUGGAAUCAUGACUUCUUUUGGGAAUCAAUGCAACCGGGAGGCGGUGAAAUGCCGAAAUUAGGUCUACUUGAGCAGAUAGAAAAGGAUUUUGGUUCGUUUGACAACUUCAAAGACAAAUUCAUUGAAGCAGCUCUCACUUCAUUCGGAUCCGGCUGGGUUUGGUUGGUCUUGAAGAGGGAGAAAAGAUGCCUUGCGAUUGUUAAAACAUCCAAUGCAAUCAAUCCUCUCGUGUGGAACGAUAUCCCAAUAAUCAGUUUGGAUUUGUGGGAGCACGCGUAUUAUUUGGAUUACAAGAACGAUAGAGCAAAGUACGUGAACACGUAUAUGAACCACCUCGUAUCGUGGAACGCAGCAGCAGCACGCAUGGCUCGUGCGCAGGCUUUUGUCAACUUAGGCGAACCCAAAAUCCCAGUUGCUUGAUCAGAUAUAGAUAGUCAGUUACUACAAGCAAGAAAAUUCUCACACUUGGUAGUACAAAAAGAAAUGGAAGAUAGUAGUAAGGGUGUAGUUGUAAUUUAAUAUUCCUUUUCUUUUAAAUGGUUAUUAACCAAUUUAUGUACUUGAAUUUUGUUUCAAUUUUGCUGCUCAUUUAUUUUGAAUAUUAAUAUUAAUUUUGAAUGUUUAAUUUUUGAA